UAUUGUCUAUUCCUUUCCUUUCUUUGCGGCCGUGUCACCGCGUGGUUCUCAGGAGCCUUUACAAAUAGAAACACAUUCAAAAUGGCAAUCAGGCCGGUAUAUAGACCAACCAUCGUCAAAAAGAGGACGAAAAGAUUCAUCAGACAUCAAUCUGACCGAUAUGAUAAACUCAAGCGCAACUGGCGUAAACCCAGAGGUAUCGACAACAGGGUGCGCAGGCGUUUUAAGGGUCAGUACUUGAUGCCCAGCAUCGGAUACGGAUCAAACAAGAAGACCCGUCACAUGCUCCCCAAUGGUUUCCGCAAAGUGCUGGUACACAAUGUACGUGAGCUGGAAAUACUCAUGAUGCAAAACAGGAAGUACUGCGCUGAGAUCGCCCACGGUGUGUCCUCCCAGAAACGCCUGCAGAUUGUCGAGAGAGCACAGCAACUAAGCAUCAGAGUCACCAACGCUGCUGCCCGCCUCCGUAGCCAGGAGAACGAAUAAAUAUAAGAUUAAAAUUAAUAAAAAAUAUUAUAAAAAUC